AUGGAAGCGAGACGGAUCUCAUGCCGCCUACAAGGGAGCUCAGCUUUACCCGCUCUCCGCUGGGGUAUCAUCUAUACAGCUGCAAUAAGCUCCUUAUUCCACAUCAUCACCGCGAUCGGGUCCUCGAGCAAGACCAAAGGCCUCACUUUCGUAAAGGACCACCUCUCAGGCGUUGAACCUGCGCCCGAAGUCUACGCUGGGUAUGAUGCUCACGUUCUGUGUGAGAAGUCGUUUACGCUGAAUGUGCGGACUGCGAGGGUAGUCUUUCGAGCAGCACAAGAGAAGGCUAUAAUCAUUGGGGAUGUUCUGAGAGUGUUUGCAGAUAUUGACCGGAUGCAAAAUAUCCAGACCAAGGAUAUGGAUAGCCGCUUGAGAAACGUAGAGUUGGGUGCUGGAAGUUUGUUGGAUAUCGGGAUAAACAGUGUUACUUGGAGGUUGCUCGCUCUCGAGGACCGCGUGAUAAGGGAAGACACAAAGAAAGCGGGAGAACUACAGAUUAAGGCUGCGCGAACGCUUCAAGAAGAUAUAGAUGUUGCAUCCACAGUUAUCCUUUACCGUCCGUCAAUAGGUCAGCAAGCCAUCUGUACGUCGACAAGUAACUUCAAGAACUCUAGUAGAGAGUUCUGCCGUAUUGAAGGAAGCGAAGGGCAUAUCGUUAUCGAGGGCGAAUACGCCUCUCGCCCAAGUGGUUUCGUCGUGUACAAGAAGGGUGAAAAGGAAGGAGAAAGACAUGGUUUUCUUCUUCCCGGAGCCAGCCCCUUCUACGAAGCUGAUGUGGAGGGGAGGAUAGUGAGAAUUAUGGAGAUGAUUGAUAAAGUAAGAAGGCAGAGCGGUGCGAGAUUUCCAGGGGAUCUCUAG